ACGUGUAGUCUUUCGUUUACCAACAGCAGCACCAUGUGUUUCGGACAACGACUAGUAUUUUGAAGCUAGAUUUCCGUGAAUUAGUUGAUUACUCUGUCUUGAAACUUAUCUUCACUUCUUAAUGUUAAUAGUCUUAGCUACUCUACAUUAAAAUGCCACCAAAACAUAAAGAAAGGAACACCAUUCGGUUUCUUCCUUUCGCUGACCGUAUUGCGAAUGUGAACGUCGACGUCAUCCAUCGAAUUGGACACAGAAAUGAAGAAUCUACAGAAGAUGAUAUUGACUCAUAUUUUUACCAAGCUAUAGAAAAAUGGAAUGAUAUGAACUGUUCACAAGGAUGGAGUGAAUUUCGUUCUGAAGUUAAAGAUGUACAAACUCUAGCACAACUUGUGCUCCUGCGUGAUCGAGUUGUUGCUUCAUUAUUAAAUCAUCUAGACAGAAAAGAUCCUUUGACAGUACAGUCAUUGCUUGAUGUGGUUGUUGCUUUGGCAAGAGAUCUGAGACAAGAUUUCUAUCCAUAUUAUCCAGACUUCCUCUCUAAAAUUGUGUCAUACCUCAAUUGUAAGGAAGCUGAAGUGUUAGAAUGGUCCUUCCAUUGUCUAGCUUAUCUCUUCAAAUUUUUGUGGCGUUGUAUGGUUCGGAAUAUUGGACCUGUGCUCUCAAGUUUACUUCCACUUUUAUCUUCUAAACGUCAGAAAUACAUUCAUUAUUUUGCCGCUGACAGCUUUGCAUUUUUGGCCCGCAAGGUGAAAGAUCAAACUGCUUUCUUAAAACUGAUAUUAUCUCAUUUAGAAGAACAGCCUGAGGAUGCCGAAGGUUGUGGACGACUUGUAUUCUCAUGGCUCAAGGGAAUCAAAAACCAGCUUCAUAGUUGUGCUCAAAAUGUUCUUCUCAUUAUCAUGCAGUCCUUGGGAAAUGAUUGCUUGUCUCCUGAUACUCUUCAUAAUCUAUUUUCUCAUACAUUGUCUCACCUUGUUGUAGAAAUUCACCCUGGUGGGUUGACAUAUUUGUGGGAUGCAAUACAGGUAACGUUGAAGCAAUUCUAUUCUGCAUGGAAAUCUGGAAAGACUGAGGCUUCUGAUGCCAUUGUCAGGGUCUUGAAAGUGAUUCACCAGUUGAGUAAUCACUGUGAAGCAGUCCAUGUGACGUCUCCCAACACAUUGGUCGAUCUCAUAUUGUCCAUCUAUGCUAGCCCAUCCCAAUUACCCGAAAUUGUUCUUUCUGAACUAUCAGCAAUAACAGCUAUUUUACUUAUGUCACCAUCAGUCCGUUUACCACAAGACCGUACUGUCAAAUUAAGCUCCAAGGUCCUUGCUAAAUCACCACCCCACAUCAUUCUGGCUUUUGUCAAACAAGUCUUGAGCUGGAGUGCUCUUGACACACUUGUUCUGCCACGUCUUUUGGAAAUUGUUGCUUCCGGUUUCAUCUCUGGUGGUGAUGAUGGCCUAGGUCUUCAAAUUCUAGCUCAACUUGUCCAUUUUAAAGUACCCUCACUAAGUCAGAGUUAUGAACAUACUCCAAACAACUUCCUCCUUGAUUUUACCUCAGCAUCACAAAGUGCUGGUUGUGAUGCACUAGACAUCUCUAGCAAGUUCUUGGCUGUACUUGAUACUCAUGGGAAAAUGAACCCAGAUGACUACCUGGAAUCUUUUAAUGAAAAGAUAUACGCCUUACUUGUCUUACCUCAUGUGAGACCUCUUAAUGAAACAAAAAUCCAGAAUAUUUUACAGAAACUCUUGCUAUUUUUAUGCCAAGACAUUAAAAACACAACAUCAAUUCUGGAAAGUUAUAAUGAGAGAAACAAUGAGAGACUAAAAGCUGAAAAACUACUCUCAAAGUUGUUACUUUUAUUUGUUGUUUCUCUUGAAGCUGUCAUCAGAAUGAAUGGUGCAAACAAAGAUCUCUCCUCAGUUUUUUCAGUUGACUUAUUGCUGGAAACAUUGCUUCCACCAUCUCAACUUGGUUGCAGCCAACUAUGUGCACUUCGUGCUUUAAAUCUCUACCUACGUCAUGUAGAACUGACAAACAUUAAGGAUUCUGGAAGUUUCUCUCUCUCUAUUUAUGAGAAUCUGAAAUUGAAUCUGACCUCACCCUUCCAUUCGGUUCGAGAGAUUACUUGCCGUGUUAUGUGCCAGCUGCCUUUAGCACCAGAGCUUCACUCUAUGUUUGGUUUAUGCCUGGAAGCUGAAAACACAGCAGCUACAAUUACUGAAUACAGAGACAAACUUCAAUAUUUUCAAAAGCUUUCAUUUGAGGCCACUCAACCAUCUCUCAUUAGACAUUCUAGCUACAAAGUGGCACCCCUUUAUUUUAUUUUGGGUUCACUCUAUGUGAACUUUCAACUACUAUGGGAACCCCUCCAACUCCUUGUGACCUCAUAUGCUUCAGGCAUGACACCUGCUGACUUUUGGCCAGUCUUUCAUGGGCAUUUGACACUAGCUACAGAACAGCGUGAUUUUACACCGUUGCAUAAUGUUGCACAUGAAGUUGAUUAUGACUCUACAUUAGUCAAUGAUUUACACUCCUCUCUAAAUUCAGUUGAUGACAAACCUGAUCAUGCUCAUUAUAGACUUCUGCUCUGGCAGGCUACCCAUAGUUUUCCUGAAGUUUGUGAGAAAAAAAAUCGUGACAUUGCUAGUUAUUUUUUGACAUUUAUGGAAGAGGAAUACUAUCGAUCUAAUGCUGAGGUGGCUUCUGUGUGGGACAUUAAGAAGCACAAUAAUGAAGAUAUUCCCAUGGAUGAAAAUUGUGAACAUACUGAAGCUAAAGAAGAAGAGAGUGGUGAUGACGAUGAAAGAGGAGAGAAUGAAGAAGAUCAUGAUGAUGAAAAUGAAGAUAGUACUGAUGCAACAAAACAGAGAAAAAAGAAGAAAUCAGAUUUAGACCCAGAAACAAAUUCUGAUGAGAAACCCUCUGUCCGUUUGUUAACUAGGACUCUUCUUGCACAUCUGGGGCUCUUAUCAAAAAUGCGGGCUCCUCUCGUAAUGUACAGAGAACCUGAGUUGAACAGAGUAUAUCAUGAUUUGCUUUCCCAUAAAAACCCAGAUAUACAGAAAGCAGCUCUAGAGUGUGUUUUAACAUACAAACACAAAUAUCUUGUCCCAUAUUCUCAACAUUUGUUUUCUCUGAUUGAUAAUAAAUCUUUUAAAAAUGAAGUUACUAAAUUUAGAAUAGACAAAGAUUCUGGUAUUAUUCAGGAAGAACAUAGACCUCAACUUAUACCUAUCGUUAUGAAAUUGGUGUACAGUAAAAUGGUGGCAAAGACUGGAAUGAGAACUGGAGGAAAGGCUGGUCCAGCAAUGAGACGUGCUCUUGUAUUUAGAUUCCUAGCUGGUUGCCAUGAGGAAGAAAUGUUAAUUUUUGUGAAAAUGGCGUUCCGAUUCUUUGACAAAUAUUUGAAUGAAAAUGUGGCUCUAAUGGUUGAAUCAAUUCAGUCUAAUAUUGACCUGGAAAAAGUUAUACCUCCUCGUCGACUCCAAAGUGUAGUAAAUCUACUGGCUGUUGUUCAAGAAAGGUUUGGAGGUUUAAUGGGUAAUCGUUUGUUGUCUUUAACACUACAACUACUCACUUGUGUUGGAGCAACAGUUGAUGGAAUUCUCCAAAAGAGGGAUGAGAUUCAUGCUGGUUUCCUUAAUAUUCUGCGUGGUCUCCGCACAUCUUGUAUCGACGUGCUUACUCAAUUCUUCGACCGGUUUGAGGCAUAUCCAUGGACUGCCUGUGAAAUAGACACAGUCCUGCGAGUGUUUGUUUCUCCACUUGUUGACCGUCUUCCUAUUGAAGGGGUACACAGUCCAACUGCGUUAAUGAAGCUAUUUGUUGUUUGGAGUCAGCAUCCGAGAUAUUUUAUUUUGUUUGGAACUCAUGCACAAAAUUCAAUGAGCACAAAUCCACUGUCAGCCAUUAUGAAGUUAUUACUUGGACCUAAAACAAACCAAACAGUUUGUGGAUCUAUAAUGGAAAUACUUGAAAACUUGUUGACUCUGAAAGACCAUAAACAAAUAGAUGAAAAUGACAUGGAAGUGGAUGAGACUCAUUUGGAAGAAAGAGCACCCCGCAUUCAAGUUUCCCAUGUCUUGUCACUGAAUGAAAGUGAAAUCAAUAACUUGAACUUAUCACAAGCAGUGAACCUAGGAAGCAAACUUCUGUUCCCCCACAUAAGAAGUAUACUCGAAAGAUUUAGGAUACGACUUGCUGCAAAUAUCAAGCGUGGAUCUGGCCUGAACCAACAGGAGCUGUUGGUACUCUCUUACGUGUCUGAGUUUGUUAGAGCACCAGACACGAGUGCUACCUUGGCACAGCUCAUUCUCCCUAUAUUGACAAGGCGAAUAUCUACUCCUCAUGAAGAUGAGGAAAAUGUGCUGAAAAUGAUGAAUACUCUCAAUCAUUUGGUGAAGAAUGUGAAGGACCCUCAUAUAUACAUACGGCCAAUAGCCGCCUUGUUCAGCUGUGUCAAUGGUGUAGCAGGUCGAAAAAUGCUCAUAUCUUUAAUCAACACUAUUGCUGAGGCUACUGCCUCUCUGUAUAAGAAUUUAAAAGAGGAAAUGGAGUGUUUAGCACUUGUUGCCAGCAAUCUGAACGCAUAUGACAAACGUUGGGUGGAACAGCCUAACUUUGAUACUAGACUUGAUGCCUUCAAAACAAUUCAGACAUUGUUAGAUGAAGGCAAACUCUCUGUUGAUUUGGGGGUUAUUGUUAUUCAUCACUGCUUUUAUGUCAUUCGUUCGGAUAAGGACAUGUCGCUGCGUGACUCUGCUUCACAUUGUCUGCGACGCGUUGCUCCCAUGCUCAGUCUUCAGUUCAGCAGUGAUGAAGCCGCCUGUAAAUUUCUUGUUGAUACAACUAUUUUAUCCCUUAUUCGAAACUCUAUUAACAAAGAUAGUUCAGAGAACCUACAUUCUGAGGGUGUACUGCUUCUUGGAGUAAUGGCAAGGGAGUGUGGUAUGUUACAUCCUGUUCUUAGAGAUCUAAACCUUCUCACUAAUAAAUUGGAUGUUGAAGUAGAUUUCUUUGAGAAUCUUGAACAUUUACAACUCCACAGAAAAACUCGUGCAAUACUAAAGUUUUGUGAAGUAUUUCUGUCAUUAGAGAAACCACCUACUACAAGGACUUUAACUCAGUUCAUCCUACCCUUGGUUUCUCAGUUCAUUAGCUCAGAGAAAUAUGCUAGCAAAAACAGCUUGGUUGAUGCUGCUGUGAAAGCCAUUAGUGUAGUUUCUCGAUUACUACCAUGGCACCAGUAUGAAGCUCUUCUCCGAUAUUAUUUAGGCCGACUUAGAAUGAGUUCUUUGUUCCAAAAGCAACUUGUUCGAAUUGUCAUGAAUAUUUUAGAUGCUUUCCACUUUGAUCUAUCCAAAGCACAAGUGAAAAAAAUGGUAGAUGGUCAAGCUCCAUCUAGUUCUCAAGCUGUCAGUGUAGCCAAAGAAAAGGCAAACGAUACAAGUGAUUUUCUAUCCUCUGAUGAAGGCAAACUUAAUGGAAUUGAAGAAAAUGGUGACCAUAGUGUGAUCGCUGAUCUAGAAGAAGAAAUGGAUGUUGAAGAAAACAAAGAUGAUGAAGUUGAAAUGGAAACUGAGGAAAAUGAACCCCAACAAAUUAAAUUUGCUGUUGAGAGACAGAUAGUUUUAUGCCCCUCUGCUGCAACCCGUGUGAUUCAAACAAUUACACAUGGUCUUCUUCCUCAGUUGCAUAGAGCACUUAUUGCCAGAACUCUCAUUGAAAGUGUUCACAAGGUCAACAAGAAGCAAAUAAGAAGUACAUACCAUGACCGAGAUGCAGAGGAGGAAGAAGUUGUCAGAGUACCAAUGGCAUUAGCAGUUGUAAAACUUCUGCAACGGCUACCCAAGGAAAUGCUUGUUAAAAAUUUACCGGGGGUUUUGAUAAAGCUGUGCACAUUUUUGAAAUCACGUCUUGACUCUGUGCGACGUGUAACAAGAGAGACCCUACAAAAAGUGAUGAUUUCCUUGGGUCCCUCUUUUUUAAGUACACUUCUCCGAGAAAUGACAGCUCUUCUCACAAGAGGAUUUGAAGUUCAUGUACUGGUGUUCUCUAUUCAUUCAGUUUUAAUAGCACUCAAAGAGGUUUUUGCAGCAGGUGACAUUGAUGAAAGCCUUCCAUAUAUCAUUGAAGUUUGCAAGCUUGAUUUGUUUGGUGCUGCUGCAGAAGAAAAGGAAGAAGGCAAGGUAGCGUCCAAACUCCAUGAAGCAAAGAGUAUCAAAAGCUAUAAUACUCUUCAUGUAACAGCUCAGUUUGUUAGUGAAAGUCAUCUUACCAAUUUAUUAAUUCCUUUCAAAGAAAUUAUUCAAUCAGCCCACUCCCACAAGAUAGUAAACAAAGCAAGUGAAUGUUUACGUCAAAUUGUGUCAGGCCUUUCAGAGAAUGCACUGGUGUCUGCAUCUGGCCUUCUUAUAUUUGCUGUUGGUGUUGCCAGUGAAUGUAUUCCUGCUUUAUCACUUAAGCAGCGGAAGCAUGAGAAAACUCUUAAGCAGAAAGAAAUUGAAGCUCGCCGCCGUCCAGACUGUUUUAUUAUUAAGGAAGCUCCAAAGCAACGCACUGGUAUUACCAGCUCCGAUGCUGCUAGAGUAGCUGCACGAAUGAAUGCUCACUUAUUUGUAGAGUUUGGUUUAAGAUUGAUUUACUUUCUCCUGAAGCACGAAAAACUAAAGGAGAGUGGAGAAGAUGUACGGCCACUUAUUGAUCCAGUGAUACCACUUUUUAAGUCAUGUUUAUCAUCUGAACACGUCAAAUUGAGCAUCAUCUCACUCCAAUGUCUUAGUUGGCUGUUGCGCAUUGACCUGCCUAGCUUAAGAGAUAAUAUAGCCGAUAUAACUUCCUCAAUAUUUGGUUUACUGCAUAAAUUUGCUGCUGCUGGAUUGAGUAAAGGGGACAAUUUUGAUCUUGUUGUAGCUGCAUUUAAAGCUGUUGCUGUCCUUGUUAGAGAUGUAAAAUACCACACUCUAAGCCAAGAACAGUUGAAAGCCUUGUUGCUGUAUGCUGAACAAGAUUUAUCCGACGCAAAUAAGCAUGCCACAGCAUUUGCUCUCUUGAAGGCAAUCCUCUCAAGAAAAUUGGUUGUCCCUGAAAUUCAUGAUGUUAUGGAUAAAGUUGCAACUUUGAGCAUCACGUCUGAUCUUCCUCAUGUGAGAGUUCAAGCCAGAGUAGUUUUCCACCAAUUUCUGAUGGACUAUCCUCUUGGUAAAAAGCUAGAGGGACAUCUCUCUUUUUAUUUGUCACAGUUGAACUACGAACUUCAACCUGGUCGAGAGUCAGCUUUGGAGAUGGUGAACUCGGUGAUAACUUCUUUCCCUGUUCAUGUUCUAUCAAAUCAUUCUGGACUGUUUUUCCUUAUGCUGGGAGCCAGGCUUGUAAAUGAUGAUGCUCCAGAGUGUCGUAAAAUGGUGGCACAGUGUAUCAACAAAAUGCUUGGACGUUUAAGUAAGAAUGAUCGUGAUCGUUUGUUUAACAUAAGCCUUCUGUGGCUCAGGGAUAAGCAAGUAUCCCAUCGUCGACUUGCUGCUCAACUCUGCGGUAUAUUUGUUGUUUGUGAAAAAGAAACAUUUAGAAGUCAUUUGUCUGAUCUUCUACCUGCUGUCAUUGCACAGUUUUCUUACAAUGCAACUGAAGAGGUCAAUCAUGAACCAGGAAAAUUUGUCAGAGCACCAAGCAAGUCUUUUGAAACUCCAACCAUCAAAUCAAGACACACAGAAGAUCUCAACAGUGAAGAAAUUUGUAAUGAGACCAAGAAGAAUAUAUCUGAAACUGAAAAGAUGAGAGAUCAUCAUGUUUAUCAAACAUUGCAACUAGUUAUCAAAAUAUGUAAUUAUUGCCCUUCAUGGCUUUCUGACUCAGAGUUCAGUGACCAUGUGUAUAAUUUAACUGAACAUACACAGGCCUUGUUGGCACAUCCUCAUGAGUGGGUAAGAUUAUCAGCAGCUCAAAUUCUUACCCACAUCUUAAAUUCUCUUGACAUGGAGUCACUUGCUAAUUCUGUCAAUGAAGACAGUACCACAGCUGUGAAAACUCAAGAUAAAUCAAAGUUAGGAUUCUUUGUAGAAAAUGCAACCUCAAAACUUCGAUCAAUGAUUCUGGAUCACUGUGCUCAAUUUACUCCAGGUGUAGAAGUUGGGCAACUGUUGCUGUUGCAAGUUGUUAAAAAUCUUGUUAUAUUUGCUGACAUUUUAAAAAAUACAGCUGGAGAGGAAGUGGUUUCAGGUUCAAGUGCCUCAAAUGGAACUGAAAUGAAUGAGAGACAAAAACCACUCUCAUUAAUGUGGCUUGUGAAAAGAAUGAGAAGGGUUGUCAAUAUGGAAGUUGUUCAUGCUCCAAAGUCAACUGCUAUGCGAACCAUGGUUUUAAACUGGACUGCUGCUGUAGUUGUAAAAUUAGGUGCAGAUUGUAUAAGGCCUGUGCUGCACCAUCUGCUUGCUCCCAUUGUUCGCGAACAAUCCAGUGACGAGCCUGUCCCUGAAGGAAGUCCUGUAGCAAAUUUACGAACUCUUGCCAAAGAAGUAGGCAGUCUAAUUAAAAAGACAGUUGGUCAUGAGUACUUUAUUAGAACUCAGACCCGGUUACAGACUCAGAUCACAUCAGUCCGUGCAGAACGCAAGAUUAAACGCAAACAUGAGGCGGUGGCUGAACCAGAAAAAGCAGCAAAACGAAAGAUUCAAAAGCAGGCAAGGAAAAAAGAAUCGAACAAACGGCGUCAAUUGAAGCUGCGAGGUAAGAAAUUCAAAGGCAAAAGAGAGGUUUCUCUUGAAGAUGACUAAUUCAUUACUAAUUAGAGUAUUAGACAUGUGACUGGUUUCCCAUUACACCAUGUGGUUAUGAAAUAUGUGUAUAAACUGUUGAUGUAUAUAAUUUUUAGUCAGAUUAAACUAUGUUGUGUAAAUUAUGAUAUUUAUAUGAAUUAUACAUAGCGUAUUACCGUG